GGCGCUGUGGGGGCACCCCUCCCCCAGAUCUGGAUCCUUGGGGAGCGUCCGCGGCCCGUGCCGCCGCUACUCCGGGGCUGCAGUCCGUCGGCGUCGUCUCCCCAAUCGCCGCCCGCAGUCGUCGUCCCGAGCGGCGGCGGCGACCGCGCCCCUGCUUCCGUGCUUGUCUGAGAGUGCGGUUUCCUUGGGAGGGUGUGGGGGAUGUCGUCGUCGUCUUCGUCAUCCGUGGUCUAUGAGGGGUGGAUGGUCAGGUAUGGCCGCCGCAAGAUUGGGCGGUCGUACAUCCACAUGCGCUACUUCGUGCUGGAGACCCGACUGCUGUCCUACUACAAACGCAAGCCCCAGCACAAGAUGCCCAAGCUCCCCAUUAAGUCCCUUCACAUCGAUGGCAACUGCAGGGUUGAGGACAGAGGCCUCAAGAUGCACCAUGGCCAUAUGCUCUAUGUUUUGUGCGUUUACAACAAAAGGGAGAAGCACCAGCGCAUCACGAUGGCUGCCUUCAACAUCCAGGAGGCUUUAAUUUGGAAGGAGAAAAUUGAAAUGGUCAUUGACCAGCAACAAGGAUUAGUGGCAUCUGAUGGUAAUAUAGUCAGUAGCUUAUCGCAACAAAAGGAUAACUUUGAAAAUGGAAGGAAAUCUUCUUUCUCUGAUCGUGAGAGUCAGUACAGUCAUGAAGAGGAGGAGGAAGAAGAAGAAGAGGACAAUCAACGAUCAUUAAUGCGGAGAACAACGAUUGGAAAUGGUCCUCCAGCAUCAUUAUAUGAUUGGACACGUGAAAAUGAUUUGGGAAUAUCAAAUCAAGGAAGUCCUGAUCAUGUUUUCUCUAGAAGACAUUGGCGCCUUGUCAGAUGCCAAAAUGGCUUACGCAUUUUUGAGGAGCUCCAAGAUGUUGAUUACCUUGCAAGAAGUUGUAGCAGAGCAAUGAAGGCUGUUGGUGUGGUUGAGGCAUCCUGUGAGGCUAUAUUUCAGCUUGUGAUGAGCAUGGAUACCACCCGUUAUGAGUGGGACUGCAGCUUCCAGUAUGGUAGUCUGGUGGAGGAGGUAGAUGGUCACACUGCAAUAUUGUACCAUAGGCUACAACUGGAUUGGUUCUCAAUGUUUGUUUGGCCUCGUGAUCUUUGUUAUGUGCGAUAUUGGCGACGCAAUGAUGAUGGGAGCUAUGUUGUGCUAUUCCAAUCCAGAGAGCACCCAAACUGUGGCGCACAACCAGGAUUUGUGAGGGCACAUAUAGAGAGUGGUGGUUUUAAUAUCUCUCCUCUGAAAUCCCGUAAUGGAAGAAUCCGAACUCAAGUACAACAUCUUAUGCAGAUAGAUUUAAAGGGCUGGGGAGUUGGUUAUGUACCUUCUUUUCAGCAGCAUUGUCUUCUUCAUAUGCUAAACAGUGUUGCAGGGCUUAGGGAAUGGUUUUCACAAAGUGAUGAAAGUCUGAUACUUCCUAGGAUUCCUGUUAUGGCCAAUAUGGCUCCACCUGUUUCCUCUAAGAAAGGCAGAACAGCACAAGAUAAUACUAUGCAAGCCAGCCUCCCAAUGGACCAAAGUAAACAAUCUACAAUGCUCGAUGAGGAGUCUGAUGAAGAUGAAGAUCCAAUAGCUGAAUCUGAGACAUCAACUCAUGGGCCUAAUGCAGGUGUUAAACUGCCAGUGCUGGAUGAGGAGGAUUCAGAUCAGAUUGAUGCUUCUGAGUUUUCUGGAAAUUUACACCGGAAUGAUAAUGACAAUGCUCGUGAUUGUUGGAGAACAUCUGACGGGAAUAACUUCAGAGUGCGCAGCAAGACUUUUAUAUAUGAUAAAAGCAAGAUUCCUGCUGGAAAACCUAUUAUGAAACUUGUUGCUGUUGACUGGUUUAGAGAUGUCAAACGAAUGGAUCAUGUUGCUAGAAGAAAAGGCUGUGCAGUACAAGUUGCUGCUGAGAAGGGACUUUUUGCAUUGGCAAUAAAUCUGCAAGUACCUGGCACAACUAACUAUAGUAUGGUGUUCUAUUUUGUUACGAAGAAACUGAUACCAAACUCCUUAUUGCAACGCUUUGUUGAUGGAGAUGAUGAAUUCCGCAAUAGUAGGUUUAAGUUGAUUCCAUCUGUCCCUAAGGGCUCAUGGAUUGUCCGUCAAAGCGUUGGCAGCACACCUUGCCUGCUAGGCAAAGCAGUUGACAUUACCUAUAUCCGCGGUGAAAAUUAUUUGGAAAUAGAUGUAGACAUUGGUUCGUCUACAGUUGCAAAUGGAGUUUUGGGGCUAGUGUGUGGUGUGAUCACGACACUGGUUGUUGACAUGGCUUUUCUUGUCCAGGGCAAUACAUAUGAGGAACUCCCAGAACGACUGAUCGGUGCAGUUCGUGUUUCACACAUUGAACUGAAAUCUGCGAUAGUUCCGGUGCUUGGAGAUUAACAAACUAAUUACUGCUGCCUAUUGCACACUGAUGGUCGCAACUUUGGGCACCAUCUACUUGACUCCUGACAGCAUACAAUACAAUACAUGUGUACAGUGAUAGAGGAACCAACCACCGGCGCUCAUGUCAUGUCAAACAAUCUGGCCUAUUUUGACUUGGAAGUGGAGAAAAUGAUUCAUGUUUCUAUGUAUGUAAUUGUGCAUUGUGCUCAAUCAUUCUGGUAGGAUUAGACUUGUGUGGGAAAAAGAAAGAGAAGAGAUUAAAUUUAGAAAUUAGGAGACUGACCGGCGAGGCCCAGGUUAGGGUCAGCUCAGCUUAAAUAAAAAAAAGGCAUGUUUACUUCUGUUUACGUUAGGCAGUAAGGAAGGAAUUGAGGUGCCUACAUCUGCAAGGUGAAAACACACUGCACCAUCUUGCAUGUAAUCGUUGUAAUGUUACUUAUAUGAUAAGAU